UCACACAAGUUGUACGCGUGCCGGUAAUAAACCGUUGUUUGGCAUAACGGUCGUCCCGUUCGAUCUCUUUGGCACUUUGUAUAUAAAUUUUACGUUCUAACUACUAAUCCAGACACCGUGAUACACAAAACUAUCCACAUUAAUCUCUGAAGAGUUAGUGAAAGUGUGUCUAUCGAUAAGAAAGCAUCAAAGCCUCAGUUAAUCCUAUAAGUCAAAGAUGGCCGACGUCGCUGAGAGUGCAGCAUUCACCGACCCGGCAACUGCUAUCUCCCAUGGGAAACGGCACCUGUUAGUACGGGAUUACACCAUGGCUGUGACCGCGUUAGCGCAAGCCUGCCAGCUGCUCGCGGAAAAACACGGGGACACCGCGGACGAGCUUGGCGAACCAUACCUUCUCUACGGUCGUGCCCUUCUUGGUCUGGCCAGGGAGGAAGCAGGAGUCUUGGGCGGCGGUGUACCAGGGUCCGAGGAGGUGGAAAAGGACGAGGACGAAGACGAGGAGGAAGGGGACGACGAGAAACUGAGCAGCGUGGAGGAGAAAGAAGAGGACGAAGAGGACGAAGACGAGAAAGAAGAAGACGAAGACGAGGCAGAAGCAAAAGAGGAAACCGCCUCUGAGACCAAAGCUGAGAAAUCGAAAACAGAGGAGCCUGCCAAACCGGAAGCAAAGGAACCAACCAAAACGGAAACGAAAGAACCAACGAAAUCAGAGGUAAAAGAAUCAACAAAAACAGAGGUAAAGGAACCAACGAAAUCAGAGGUAAAAGAAUCAACAAAAACAGAGGUAAAGGAAGAAACGAAACCGGAAGCAGAGAAGAAAGAUGAGAAGGAAGAGUCAGGCAAGUCGGAUUCGAACAAGACCGACGACAGCAAACUAGCGGAGCAGAAACAAAAGGAGGAGGAAAAGGCUGCGGCUGGAUCCAGCAAGGAAACGAAUCACGCUAAUGGCACGUCCUCCUCCACUGAACAGAACGGAGAGUUGAAGAAGAACGGGGAUGAUGGUUCGCAGGAUAUUGAAAAGGAAGACGAAGAGGAUGAAGUCAAUAACUUACAGGUAGCCUGGGAAGUUCUGGAGUUGGCGAAGCUGGUACUACUGAAGCGUGGAGAACCCGGUUGGAAGCUCUUAGCCGAUGCUUAUCGGCUGCUGGGCGAAGUAGCCAUGGAGGGAGGGAAUUUCCAAGGCGCUCUAAACGAUCUGAACAAGUGUCUGAAGCUUCUGCAACAAAUCGAACCACGUGAACCGAGGGCGAUCGCAGAGAUCCACUAUCAGCUCGCGUUGGCGCAUUCGUUGGGGAACGAGUUCGACUCCAGCAUAGAGGAAUUUAACAAAGCUACCGAGUUAUUAGAGGCUCGUAUUAAAGAGUUAGAGGAGAUAAAGGAACCUCCAAAAACUGAAGAUUCGUUCUACACCGUUGAAGGAGAGAUCCAGGAACUGAAAGAAUUGCUUCCGGAGAUCAGAGAAAAGAUCUCAGAUAUGAAAGAUUUCAAGCAGGAAGCUUGCAAGUUGGUGAUAGAAGGUAUUAAGAGCAAAGUGGCUGGAGGAUGUUCGAAUGGAGCCGGUCCAAGCGGCAGUGAUAUGUCCACGCCGAAAGUUCAGAAACCAGCCAGCGAUAUAUCUCAUUUGGUGCGCAAGAAGCGGAAAGGCGAUGAGCCAGAUACCGAGGUCGCGUCGCCGAGCAAAAAGCCAACGCCAGAAAAGGCUGUCUGAAGACUAGUUCGGUGCAUUUUGGGACACUCUUGACCGUUGCUUUGUUUCGCGGGGUGAUCUAUUAAAAACAAAAAGAACUGUACCACACUCUGGAAUUUUAAGGGUUGGACCAAGAUAGGGUUAAAUACUGUAUCGAGCAAAAGGGAACGAUUCGACAGCGCGUGAAUGAUAUUUUAACAAAAGCAGACUCGGAAUCGCUCGCACGACUCUUCGUUUCUUUUUCCGUUUGAUUCAAUGAUUGUACUCGCUAUUGUGUUUUGUUUCAUUUGUUCAUCGACAAUUCGUUUAUUUAUUUGUAUCUAGUGAAUGUCUCGACAUUGAACGCGAGCUUGAUUAUGAUGUCGUAAAUUCAUUUUAACCUCUUCUUUUCUUAGGACAUAAACAUCAAGGAGUAAGGUUGUUCUUGUAUAAAUCUGAUUAAUAAACGUUAAAUGAUGGUUUUUUCUAAAUGUUCAAAA